AUUAAAUGAAGUUUUAUUACUUCGAUGUGUACGGAAGAGGAGAACCUGUUAGACUCCUCCUGACUCACGCCAAGGCAGAAUGGGAAGAUGUCAGAGUCACAGGCCCAACAUGGCAAGAGUUCAAGGCGGAUAAAGACAAAUGUAAGUAUGGCCAGAUCCCUGUACUUGAGAGAGACGGAAAGUACUACUCACAGUCCUUAGCGAUUUUGAGAUAUGUCUCAGGACUCCAUGGAUAUUAUCCUGAAGACCUUGAAUUGAGAUUCCAAGCUGACGAGCUUACUGAUCUGAUAGCCGAAGACUUCGCGAUGACAAUCAUCAAGAAAGUGUUCUUUGUAAAGGAUGAAGAAGAGAAAAAACAAGAAUGGAACAAGCUACUUGAAGAACAUUUCCCAAAGCACUUCGGAUUCUUGGAAGAGCAGUUGAAGGGAAACAGCUCUCAUGAGUUCCUUAUUGGAGACUCAUACACCAUGCCUGACUUUGUCCUUCUUUCAACUUACAUCUCUCACAUCAACCAUCCUAAUAGAAAGGAUGAUUUGCAGCCAAUAUUGGAGAACUAUCCUCUCUUGAAGGCAUACUACGAAGCCAGAACUGCUGACUUCAAAGACUACCUGGACAACCUCCCUGAAUGCAGCGGCUAAGCACUCUCAAGCCAAACAUAUACCACCAUUACACCCCUCUAUCUUGCAUAAAAGAGUCUUCA